ACAGUGAAUUGAAAGUACGCCAUAAAUAUGGCGCCAAAAGAGUUUUCAAGCUGAUGAUAAGAGCUGAUUUUUCUCUCAUUCUGUGUUGUCUUUUUUAUUUUUUUCUUUCCCGGGGGGUGGGAGGGAGAGGGCUAGCAAGAGAAGACCCGCCUGUGCAUUUGUGCAGAGCGGUGUGCACGUACACAGCACCGGGCAGAGGAGUGGAAGCGAGGCAAGGCACCGGAGCAAGUGAAGAAGACGAGGAGGAGAGAGCGCUGUGUUUUAUUUUUGAAGGAAGGGGACGUUGCGAAACUGGCUUGCAAUAUUUACUGACUCAUCGCUUGGAAAUAAAGCAGACCCUUUUUUCUUUUUCUUUAUUUCGUUUUCUUUUUAAAUCCUCGCUUCUCCUCCUGCUCCUCCUCCCGUGCGGCUGGCACCGGAGAGGAAAACAGUCGGAUUUUGACACCACGUUUGGGGUUGCUUUUUGCAAAAUGCGACACGCUUUCCUGUGAGCGCUAUGUUGUGCGCACCUCGCAGCCCGUUACGCCGUGAACGGUAGCAGGACCGGCCGCUGCACCCGCUCCGUUUGUUAUUGACUUGUGGAGGCUGUAUCUCAUCCUGGCUGCCACUUUUUUUGGCUGGGGGGGGAUUUUUAUUUCGGAUUUGGACUCGGUCGUAGGUCUUUGCAGAGCUGACGCGCUGUCAACACACCGAGAGGUGAGGUGAGGUGAGGGGAGGGGAAGGGACAGUCCUGUCACCUAGCGUGGACCAGGAGCCAGCUUUUUUAGCUGCACUGCUAACAGCCUGCCAGGGCACCGAGUGGGCACGCUGAAUUAGUCCUAAACCGCCUCCGCUGUUGAACUACAUGUGCCUGGCUCCCAAUGAUCUCCUAAUCUCUGGGAAUCGCCCGCCGUCCAGGACUGAGGACGUCUCUGUACCCGAAGCAGACAGCGAUCAAGAUGGAGAGCGAAAAGAAGAGGAGAAAAUACUCCACGAGCAGCAACGACUCUGACACCACUGACAGUCAAGUGACGUCGUGGUCCAGGUCAUCCAAGAAUACGGGCACCAGCAGCACAUGGGUCCGCCACCAGCACAAGAAACCAUCAGAGGUAUUUCGUACUGACUUCAUCACUGCCAUGAAGCUGCCGGACUCAGCCCAGCUCGGCCCAGACGACUUCUACGUGCUUUCAGACCCUUGGAGACAAGAGUGGGAGAAGGGAGUGCAGGUCCCAGCCAACCUAGAGGCCAUACCGGAGCCUGUGGUCAGGUCGCUGCCGGAGUCGACAGGUGGUCUGUCCAACAACGGGCAGGAGAGGGAAGGUGAUACUCGGCCUCCUCCCACCCAGCUCUACAGCUGCUAUGACCUGGAUGACCUGGAUGUUGCCUGGCUACAGAUAGUCAACCAAGAGUUCAGACAGAUGGGCUUACCGGAGCUCGAUGAGCUCACCAUGGAGUGCGUUCUGGUGGAGCUGGAGAGUGUGUGCCAGGAGAAGAUGCAGCAGGCCAUCGAGACAGAGGAAGGCCUGGGCAUCGAGUACGAUGAGGACGUGGUCUGCGACGUCUGCCGCUCACCGGAGGGAGAGGACGGCAACGAGAUGGUUUUCUGUGACAAGUGCAAUGUCUGUGUUCAUCAGGCGUGUUACGGCAUCCUGAAGGUACCCCAGGGGAACUGGCUGUGUCGGACCUGCGCUCUCGGGGUCCAGCCAAAAUGUCUGCUCUGCCCCAAGAGAGGGGGGGCACUCAAGCCCACCCGCAGUGGAACCAAGUGGGUCCACGUCAGCUGUGCCUUAUGGAUCCCUGAGGUGAGUAUAGGCUGUCCAGAGAAGAUGGAGCCCAUUACCAAGGUGUCCCAUAUCCCCGCCAGCCGCUGGGCUCUGUCCUGCAGCCUGUGUCGAGAGCACACAGGGACCUGCAUUCAGUGCUCCAUGCCCUCCUGUAUUGUGGCCUUCCAUGUGACCUGCGCCUUCGAUCACGGCCUGGAGAUGAAGACCAUCUUGGCCGAGAACGACGAGGUGCGCUUCAAGUCCUUCUGCCUGGAGCACAGCAACACCAGUACAAACACCAACAGCACCUUCAGCUCAAGCGGAAUGAGCAACGGCAAUCACGUCACCGCUUCCACCGCCAACGGAGCACACGGUGGAGCCAGACCCGAGUGGGCCGCCCCCGGUCUCACCUCCGAGCUUUGGCAGGACCAGCAAAACGAGACAAAUGGCAGCAGCGAUCCGGCGCAGAGGUCGGUAUCGCACCUGGUUUCAGUGUCGGCGUCGGAGCGGGCUGAGCGCGACCAACUGGAGAGAGAAAAAGUGAGCCAGAGGAAGCAGAAGCUUCAGGAGCUGGAGGAUGAGUUUUACCGACUCGUGGAACCCAGGGAGGUUGCCGAAAACCUGGGGCUACCCGUCUCCCAGGUGGACUACUUAUAUCAGUUCUGGAAGCUGAAGAGGAAGGCCAACUUUAAUCGACCUCUGGUGACCUUAAAGAGAGACGAGGUGGACAACCUGGCCCAACAGGAGCAGGACGUCCUCUACAGACGCCUCAAACUCUUCACACACCUCCGACAAGACCUGGAAAGAGUGCGCAACCUGUGCUACAUGGUGACACGGAGGGAGAAAAUGAAACACACCCUCUGUGACCUCCAGGAGAAGAUCUUCCACCUUCAGAUACAACUGCUGGAAGAGGACAUGGCUGGAGAGAAAACCCAGAAGGGAGAAAAGAGGAAGCAGAAUGGAGUGAAGGAUAAAGGGAAGGAGAGAAGGAAGAAUAGUCCUGAGAAGAAAAAGGAGAGAUGGAAGUCAGAGAACGGCUCCAUGCUUAAAGAGCUAGGUUUGUCAAAGUCAUUCCCGUUGGACAACUCUUUGUUCGACAGCUGGCUCGCCCAGUCGGUUCAGAUCACCGCUGACGACAUGCUGAGCCAGUGGGCUCUGGGUGCCCAACAUCGGGACAAGAGCGGCAGCCUGCUUUCUGACCAGCUCCUGCAGGGCGAAGAGAGCCUGCUCAACCUAAUGAUGGAGAACUCCAUGCAGUCCACCUGGAAAACACCCCAGUUGGGGCGCAAACCGAGAGGGAGCAACAAGCCCCGUGUUCGUGCACAACCAUCCGCUCCAGCCCAGCCUCAGACGCUCCUGUCUGCAGCUGCUGCGUCCGCAGGCGGCAGCCCCUCCACCGCAAAGAGGCUCUGGGCGAGCAUGGCGGAGGAAAAGUCUGGCCACGUGAGUCGGAAAGGGGAAAAGAACAAAGGCUCCUCCAAGACCGUGCACUACCCCCUCCAUCACCACCAGACCAGGAGCUCUGACCUUCACAGGGACCCACCGCCACAGCCGCCCAUCUCCAAAAUGGAUUCCUGUCACAUCUCGGAGGAUAACAGUCCUUGGGAUGGCAUCCAUGCAGGGAAUGGUGUAGUAUCAGGGGCUGGAUCUGGUUUCACAGUGGGCUCAAACCCACCGGUCUCUGGUCUUGGGUUCACAAUUCCCGACGGUGGGACAAUCUUUCGUGGCGGGACCCCGCGGCACCGUCUGUCCCGCCAGGGUAAAUCAAGAGGGAGGGGCGUCACCGGAGGUGUAGCGGGGUUCGAGUCCAUGAACCUGCCACUCGCAGGGAAAGACGUAUCCCUGUUAGACGCUGCUGAGACUGAUGGCUACUUCUCUGACGGCGAGCAGAGCGAUUCGGACACGCGCACUGGUGGGCGCAAGCUCCGCCUGCCGCAGUUGCACUCCGGGAACGAGGACCUGCUGAGAAGAAGCGUGCUGGCUUCCUAAAGAACUGAGUUUCCAAUAGACAAAUACACACAAGCAGUUAUCCAAGCAGAAUCCCGCUGGCUAAUUGUUUUUUGUUUUUGUUUUUUCCCACCUGUGCCCAGCAUACAGUCUAUAAAAACACGGCUGGAUCGCUUUGUUCAACCAAAAUCCCGAUCGCAUCCAUCAGUGGGAAAUCCCCAGCUCCUAACCUGCUCUGUUUUUUAGGACGGAGGGGAUUUGAAUGUAGCCGUUUGCCUAUCAUACAGAAAAGCUUCUCCACUGGACUGCAGUUUGUUGUUAGCUUAUCAUAAGAUGUGAUGCAUUCAGCAGAUUGAAAACAAACAUUACCUUCAGUCUCUUUCUCUUGUUUUUUUUUUUUUGUGUUGUAUAUUUCAGAAUCAUUUCAUUUCUGGGCGUCGAACGAAGCACCCAGUUCUGGCCUCAUGUCUGUGGUAUCUGCCAGACUUGGGAACAAACACUUUGGGGCAUUAUUAUUAUAAUUAUUAUUAUUAUUCAAGCUGGUUUCAGGGUAUGCUUCAUUCUCGGCCUUUGUGGCCCGAGUUGCAUCCAGUGAGUGCUUGUUUUCUUGAAUAUGUUCAGUGGAAAAGACAAUUUCACACCAGAGUUGGUCUGAAUAUGUACAGCGGGUGACAACUUGUAUUCAGCCUUGAAAAGCACAACAUAGCUAGUCAUAAGAGCUGUAAUGUAAGCACUUGUGUGUAUAAUAGAUGCUCAUUCAGGGUUGGGGUCAAUUUUCCUCCCUCGUUGACUCUGUUUGAAAAAUGUACACUGAAUCCUUCAUUCUCAAAUUCAUUUUCACGUUUUAGUUCAUAAAAGAAAAAACAACAACAACAAAAAAAAUCUACAAAUCUCCAGCUUUGCCAGUUUCUGAAUAGCGAACACAUUGACCCCAACCCUGGUGCUCAUUCAGAUUUUCACACAGACACACACAAACAUACUCACACACAAACUACCAUAAGCGGAUCCCUUUUGCUCACAGCCGCCGUUGAAAUAUUUGGUCUGACUUUUUGUCAGCUGCUUUCAAAUUCUUCCUAAUUCCGCGUUCUUUUAACUCCCGGGUCUUUGGAGAAAAAUCGUCGUACAAACUCUGUGCCUUUCUUUCACUUGCCCUGUGGCCCUGCGUCCCCCUCAAUCGCCGCCAACUUUCCAAAUCAACCAAACAAUCGCUGAGUAGAUCAAUCAGUCGUUUGUCAAUCGGAUUUGUAACAAUCAAGCCAAAAGGAAAUCCCAUUGGAGUGGCUACUGAGCGUAGCUGGCAUUGGGCUCCUUGUCACCUUAACAAUUGUGUAGUGCCUGAAAGGAUGGAAAUGCAUCACUUGCCAUUUAUCAACAGAGCAUAUGCAGCAGCUUGCAACGCAGAGCAACAUCGUGCUUUCAGUGCAAAGAGCUGCCUGCUGCUCUGUGCCCCCUUAAGUUACAUCACUGCAGCCCAGAGCCAUCAAUAACCAGAGUUUGGCCAGUUACACUGCGGGCACAAUGUUGCUGCCAUUGAAAAUUAGACCUCUUAUUUAAAAUUUCAUGCACAUUACUGCAAAUAGUAUUCAUUUUGGGGUUUGGUUAAUCAGCAGUACAGUUUUGCUUUUUCAUAUGGAGUGGGUAGCUGUGUUCAUGUAAGCCAAGCCUGAGAGACGUGUUUUAUAAACAGUUUCAGAGUGGUUAGGGUGGCCAUGCAUUGUGUAGUUCAUGGGUAAAUUCUUGCUACAGCAGCUGACAUCAUGUGACACAAAUUCAACCUCAAAAGCAGCUGAAAUUCUGCUUUGGUUCAUAAGAGGAGGAAUCCUCAGUUUUGGCAUUCUGAUGUUGCUAUUUAUGUGUCCAGUGGAAGCGGGAUCACUUGGAAUGCAUUCAGUGCAUGUGGAUAUACAUAAAACUAUAUGUAAAAUUAGAGGAAAUUAGUCAUUUUUAUUAGUCAGAUCACCCACGUGUACCUAUGCAGCUUAUUAUUUUGUUCUAUGAAGACGUAAACACUGUCAGGCACCAAGGUGGCAGCCGCUUUUGUUUGACGUGGCCAAGCUUUCAUAACUGAUGGCUCUGAGGCACGUCUUGUUCCUACUAGAUGGACGUAGACAGUGUAAUAAUCAGCUUCAGAGGCCUGCGCUCUUAAGUCCCUGAAUUGAUUUGAUUGUAAAUUUGUUUUUGUUUUUUAAAAACGAAACACAUGAGCCGUUCUUGUUUUUCUCAGAGAGUUGUAUUUUGUACUUAAAGCAGUCCGUGGUAUUCUCAGGGGUUAAAAAAAAACUUAUAAAAAAGAACAAUAAAAGGUUAAGAAUUUAUGGAAAAGCAACGAAAGACGUAGAUAUAUAUAUAUAUAUAUAUACAUAUAUAUAUAUAUACACACACACACAUUUUAUAUCAUAUACAGUAUAUAUAUAUAUAAAUAUAUGAAGUGAUGUGUGUUUGUCUAGAAACUUCCUUAUUUGGAAAGCUUCACUGUUUGAACUCCAACACGACUACUACUGAGCAUGCUCCUUCUCUCAGUACAGCAUACGACCAUCAGCCCUGGGUUCAACAGUCCCACUUUAACCCAUCUGAUCUGAGGUCAGAUAGUAUCGGCUAACAGAUGGAACUGUCUUUUGGGUCUCACCAAACUGGGAUGACUUAAAGAUUUGAUUUUAAGGGCUGCUUGACCCAGGCCUGAUGAACACACAUUUAAACAGAGGCCCAAGUCCAUUCUACUUUCUCCGUUUUCCUGUAUGAACAGCUUCUCCCCGGUUUUCUGGAGUAACCAUGCCAAAGAACAGAUCUGUGUUACAAGGCAGCAUAUUUCAGUCUUAUCUACGCAAACAUACUAAGCUGUCAGACCGCUCGAACAGUGAUGUCCAGGUCAGCAGAUGUGAUUCGACCUCCUCUAACCCAGGGGGCGCUUUUAAUUCCCAACCUGGAUAGAUCUGCAUUCACGGGGGGAUUCCCACAGGAAAUGCCCGGUGAUGGUUGUUAAACACACUCGCAUGUAUUAACCCCCUCCAAAAAAGGGAAAAAAAAAGAAAAAAGCCAGUGCUGCUGAACUGAUCACACAACAUACAGCUCUCUCUCUCACACUUACACGCAUGCACACACACACACACACACACACACAUAGACGCUUACACAAACCCCAGAGCUGGUAUAACAGGGUUACAAUGUAAAAGUUUUUGUUAUGUAUAUGUGGUCCUGACUGCAUCAGGAAGCAUGAGUUUACUCAGAGCGAAACGCCACCCCCUCCCCAACAGCAGGAGAGUAUUAUCACAGGUCAGGUGACAGCGCUGCGUCUCUGUCCCCUCUUCGUCCCUUCAGGUGUAGCCAUGGUAGAAGCACUCGCAUUGUUGCGUCACAGUCUUGCGAGGACAGGCGGAGAACUUGGGACUUCUACGAUGGCUAUUACAGCUGACACAUUACAGUAACGACAAAAAAAGAGCAACAAAGCUCGUGUUCCGAUGCGAGGACGCGGUGACGUGUCGCCUCCGAAUCCUCAGCCAGGUGUUCGUUACCAUUCAUGUGUUGCUAAGACAGAAAAAUGUAAUCUUGGUUUCAAUAUUCAAUGUUCAGAGUAGCCUGACGUUGUAGACAGUGGUUUUAGACAAGGCCUCACAUGUAUGGCCUUAACAUGUAGUAGCAAAGGCUGAGGCUGCACAGUGCCUGAAGGACAAAAAAAGGACUGAAAAAUACUCAUUUGGGGCUAAAUUAGUGGAGCUGGUUAGCAGUAUAUAAGAUUUCCUGCUGGGUGAUGGUGAGAUUCCACACAAAAACAAAGCAAAUUGUACUUCUGAUCUUCUUUUUUUUUUUUUUUUUUGCCUUGAUACUGUGCAGCCUUAGCAAACAUAACUGGUUAUUAUUCUAUAUUUACAGUGUGGCUUCAAUGCCCUCUCCUUCCGCUUCGUAGAUAAUGUAGACUGGAGUCUCUUGCAGGUUCUUUUUAUCAAUAUCUGCUAGAAUGCAACUUCAAAGCAUUGCUAUCCUCUGUGUGGUACGCCGGUGUGGGUGUUGGCUCGCAGCCCGAAUGUGCUCUGAUGAUCUUUGAAUUUUGCAACUCUGUCAGGUCGAAUAUCCACACUGAAAGGAGAUCUAGUGCAGGGGGUUUCUCGCGCUCUCUGUCUAUCUAUUUGGGUUUGUGUCCCAUAAAAUUAGACGCAGUGUGAAAGUUUUUAUCUUCAUACUCGGAGCAUCCGUGUCGGUAGGUCACGUUCCUCUAUGAUAAGUCACCACUUAGAGAGGCAAUAAAAUGUGCAACGGAAAAGCUGUACAGUCCUCAGCUUGCUGUAUGUUGAGAGCAGAACUCUUCCCUCAGGUGUUGGCACUGACGCUGCACCACGGGAAUAAACUGACGGGCAUCAAGCACAUAAUGGCAGGUCAGAAACACACCUACACACAGUGAUGCUUUCCACUAGACCGAUUGCUUGCAGGUAAUUGGAACCUCGCCUGCGCACAGCUGCUGUUUACUGUACUGACUCUGUUGUAAAACAUCAGUGCACCAGCAGGGCUGGGCUCCUCAGAACCCCCUCAGCUGGGUGAAGGGUCACAUUUACAGCUUUCCAUUAGCAAGAAAAGCAGUUUAGGGUGAUCCAGAAAUGACAGCAAUGUUCAGUUCUGGUGAACGACGACAUUAAAAACGGGGCUUUGAAUUCCAUGAUUGCUCCUAGUGGGUGGUAAAAAGUUGGAUUUCUACAAUUUAAAGUCAUUUAUUGCACUGAGGUGGUUCUGGGGAACCACGAGGGCAUUGGGAUGCAGUUCAUAAGAUGUCGUUUCUUCUUCUGUGGUUGCUCCUUCAUCCAGAAAGUGGUCUGAGGCUGUAGUGGGAUCAGUGAAAGCAGGACUGGGUAUUGCUUAGGAAAUAAAUACCUGCAAGCGACAAGGGACAGCAGUCCAGUAAUAAAAGCAGGAUUAGAUCAGAAGUCUUGAAAUGUCUGUAAAGCAGAAAAUUGCAGGUCUGUCUAAAAAUGUAUCCACAUGACAAUAGAGAUUGCUUAGUGCUUCCUGUUUCUGGUAUCAAUGCCUAGUCCUUGUUUCGCUGCCCUACACCAGCUGUACAAAGCCGCCCACCUACCUACCGCUGGAGUUUAUACUCAUCUACAAUAAUGUAUAUUACUGUUCAACUACUACUACUAGACAUUUUCAUUUUCUGUGUUUUAAAGAGGCUUUUGCAAGCUGUUUGUUUUGUUUUUUUUCCUUUUAUAAUGCUUAUCUAGCCGCUGUGGCACGUAUCAGACUAGAAAGCUGACUCAUUAUCUGCUUCUACUGUUUUUACUGGCGCUUUGCUCUCCUCUCCGUUACAGCAAAGUUAUGGCUUAAAGGUCUCAGCAUCCAGAACCCAGACACACACUCCACAGAUCGGAGGUUUAGUCGCACAACCGGAGCUGCUGCCGAGGAAGAAACUGAUCUCAAGUAAAACUCAACCUUCAGAGCUCGAGACUCAAUCAGUCGCAUCUUAAAAAUUUAUUUGGUUAAUUUAUCAGAAAUGGCAGAUAUUCAUUCCCCAGGUUCAGCUUCACAGCAGUGAAGAUUUGCUGCCUUUUUUUAAUGUAAUGGUAAAUGCAGCAGCAAUCUGAUAGCACCGCGUUGCUUUUUUGGAUCAAAGCCUGCAACAAACCUCAAGAAGCACUCAUCCGAAAAGCAUUGCUUCUAUUUUUGUGCCUUUUUUUAGGUGUGUGUGGGGGGGGGAAGACACUGUUUGUGUCCAGCAUCUCUUGGUGACUGAAGGUGGAACCAAAGAGCGAUUGAUGCUCUACCUGUGUGAUCGCGUCAUCCUCCACAGCAGCUCGGAGAAAUCUUUUCAGACUAAAUCUCCCGUCUGUACCCACUGCGUACCUUACUCUGCAUCCACCAUCCAGCAACUUCCUCGUCCUCCUCCUCCUCCCACCACCAGCAAACUCCCCUCUUCUUCUCCAUCCUGAAUCCCCUAAAAACAAUCACCCUGUUGUCUCCCUCCUCCCCACAACUCUUCCUCUCCCUGUCCGGUGAUCAGCCUCCUUGGCCCUUGGCACAUGGUUUUUUAAAGGUGAUCAAAAAAGAAGAAGGACACCUAUAGCUUUAAGGACAAAUAAUGACAGACGCACGAGGAGCUGAAAACAUUGCACUCAGCUUUGCUUAACUCUGGCUUGAAAAGAGGGAAAGUGCGGGAAAGGGGAGAGUUGUUUAGAAAGAAGGAGAGGAGGGAGACUGUUCGCUGAACUGGAGCCAAAGAAAGACAAAAGAGUACAACUUGUUCUUUCCUCUGCAUUCUGUUUGGAGCCUGUCCGUACAGUCAGGUUAACAAGCAGCUAAUAUAAACAGUACCAGGCCCUCCCUUUCCCCUCCUUGUGCCUCCUCUCGCUCUCUCGCCUCACACAGCUGGGUCCCCGUCCAAGAUUUGUCUUUGAAAAAUGUAAAAACUCAAAUCGGGAGCGCCGAGCAGAGAUGCUUCCAUUUUAAACGGCUUACAAAACGAUUCAGUUUUACGUCAGAAUAUAUUAUUAAUCACCAGAACUUCGUGAUAUGAAGCUAAUUAGAGCAUAAAUUAAAGGCCAUUACCAAACAAUUCUUUAAACAGAGUUUAAAACUCUUAAAACUAACCAUUCUCUAUCUUACUAGGCCGAGGUUCAUCCCAACUCUGAAACAGUUAUUAGCUCCUUUCAAGUUAAAGCUUCUGUGUUCACAGCCAGAGCUGCCAUAUUAGGCAUGGCCCCUCUUUUUGACAUCACACAGAUCCAACAGUGGAAAAAAACUCUCUGAAAGUGGGAGCUUAAGGCAUUGUAACAACAGUAAAAUGAAUGUGAAAGAGGCUCUUUUUGUAGCUGUGAUGCUAACAGACCCCAUCAUGUCUAAGAUGUCUGAAAAUCUUUGUAAUAAACCGCUGAUGGCUUUGGUAUUUUUCUAGGAUUUGUUCAAAUAAGGAAAAAAAAUAUAUCAUAACACCAACUUUGUCCUUUAAAAAUCACAAUGAAGACCAGAUUUUCAUUUAUCCACUUUCAGUUUUACACUCUGGUUGUUUAUGUUCAUAGAAAAAGAUACUUUUAGCCAACAGCUCAUACCAAUAAAAAGAUCCAGGUUUGGAAUCCAGUCUGUUUUAAUGUUUACUUUUGGAAAUCUCACUUGAAACCUGGAAAACCUGGAAAGUCCCGCUUUUUCACACUGCCUCACCCACCAAAUGAACAGUUUAUUCAACUGUCUUUACAUCUGGUUUUUCCAUCGCGCUCCUGUGAGGUUCAGACAUCCACAUAACAGCAUACAAAUUGAAGUGUAAAUCCAAAAAAACACUCCCAAGAUCCAUUUAGACAAACCAGCCGUCUCCCAGCGUCUGUUCUGAGUUCAGCCAGGAAGCUCGCCCAAAGUGCAACAGGAAAGAAAGCGAUUUCAACACUGUUUUUGCAGGUGUAAAUGUAAUCUGGCUACAUCGCGCCGAGGCAGAAUGGAUUUCAGAUGCAGGUUAAAAUAAUUUGUUAAGAGGCCGUCUGCACUGUGUCUCUGCUUCUCCCGCUUGUAAUUUCCACCACGCAGUCCAUCUGUCUCGCUUUAAUCCUCCUCCUUGAUUCCUUCCAUUUUUAUCCAUUUCCCCACUUUUUUGUUCUUCUUCUCUCGUUUCAUGAGCUGACUCAUUCACGCAAAUGUUUAUCUCCUGCCUCUGAGUCACUUCUUGUGUUUAUCCCAGAUUCGAUACUUGCAGGGAACCAACAGGUGUUGUGAUUGCCUAAAUUGGAUCCCUCUGUAUGCUUAAGGGUGUUCUGUUAGUUUUAUCGGGUCACAGGAUGCAAAAUAGAGAGAGUCCACUGGCAUAAUUCUAGUUAAAACUAA